CGUCAAUUGCACCGUCAGUGGUUCGUCAGUCGAUGAUCGGGUAUUGUGUUAUGUGCGUGUGUUUUGGUUGGCCUCGCUCGCCUCAAUCAGCAGAAAAUUUCGGAGGUGACGGAUUUUUCGACUGUCUUACUCUUUUCAAUUCGGACUGGGAACGAGUGGUAGGUCAGUAGUGAACAAUUUAAGCGAUUUGCGAAUUCAGUUGUACGUCGAGUGGCAUUUUGCAAUCAAUUAUGAAAUCUAACUCAGGGCUUCUAAGUGUUUUGGAAAGUUGAAAAGUGGAAUAGAGGACAGCUGCCAAAAGAGAUCGAAAUAAAAAAAGGUUGUGCAACUCCUUAGAACCCACAAGCUUUGUAUAGAAGAAGGAAGCAAGGAAGGGUCAUCAUCGUCGAAAGAAGAGCAUCUGAGCGUCAGGAAGAGCAAACUGGAAUGCGAUGCUUGGUGUAGUACGAACUAUUACCUUUUGCGGGAAGAAGAGACUAAGCGAAAACAAAAGAACACUCCACAUUCGGUAAGAAGGUUGAGGUGGCGAAUAAGGAGAAGCAAGAGCAAGAGGAGCACACAACACAAAAAGAAAAUCAAAAACGGCUGCUGCGUGCGGUCGUUGUUGACGGUGAACGAGAAUAAUUGGAAAAGCAUCAUCAUCGUCAUCGCAUUCGGAUAGGCAAGAUUGCCAACAUCGAGCUCUUUUUCUGACAUUUAUUUAGGGGUAGUAGAUGCAGAAGUGAAGCAGUGGAAUUACACUCAGUGAGCUUGAUGUCAAAACCGUAAUUAGAUUAAUUCGGGCAAGCAAGAGUUCAAAGAAGCAUCAUUUUGAUCAUCACGACCUGGGAGUGAGCGAAGCGGAGGCACAGUGCUAGUUAAUCAUACUUUGGAUUUAUUGCCAUUCCCACGUCAUUUCCCUACAGAAGUGGUUUAGUUUCGGCCCCUGGGAAAGGUUUCUCCGGGGGUGCGUUCCGUUUUGUGUGAUCUAAUUACCCUGAGAAGAGAAGACACUUUCACGCAGAAUAAGUCCAGCAAACGGCGAUGCUUUCGCGCAAGAGCAAGGACAAAUCUAUCAAGGAUGGAGUCGUUGGAAAGUAUGUCAAACGUGAUACGCCGCCGGAAAUACCAAUAAUCAAUGUUCUCACGAGUGAGUCGCAAGCAAGAAAUAAGUUGACCAAAGGACGUCGCAGUUCACAGCAGGGCUUUGGAGUUAACAAUGUUGGGCCAAAUAAUAACAACAACAACAACAAUAUCUACAUUCCGGGUCCUUUGAUGCCUAAUAACAACAACGUAAAUAAUGUCCAGAAAUUCGGUAACAUCAAGGUGACUGCAUCUAUGGGUGGCCUCGGUCAUGAGGGCAAAUAUACUCCAAGCAACAGGAUUCCCAAUCUUGCUCAGAAAUUCGUAAACCUUUCGCUACAAAGUGAACAGCCCAACAUUCUGAACCCGACUAAUAGCGUCCUGAUGGUGGCUAACAACAAGAACCAACAAAUGCACCAACAGCACGCUCUAGCCAUGGCAAUGAAGCCGUCCAAUCUAAACCUAGCCUCUAUAAACAAUAUCAACUCCAGCGAACGUCAAAAUAACAACAGCCAUGGAAACUACGUAGACAUCGAAACUAUCGACCAGAUUCUAAUGCAGCAAAGUGAAGCCGAUAAAGCUGCGCAUCAAUACCGCCUCCAACAACAGCAACUUCAGCAAGCCCAGCAAGCUCAGCAACAGCAACACCUACGACAGCAGUACAUAUCCAACUUCGAACGCAAAUAUCCCUACAACCAGCUUCAUCAUAACGCCAACAACAACCUUCGCAAUGGGUUUGAGAACUACGGUAAUCUGCUGAGAAACAACAGCCCCACUAUGGCUGCGGCUUCCAGUAACAUCAACCUCGCCAACGAACCACAAUCGCCAUUCGCCCGCCAAUUCUCAACACGGCAGCAACCACCUAUCCAAAAGUCGGACCACUACCACAUCUACGAGAACCCUACCCAGAUCAACCGAUCCGAGUCCCCCAUCUACAGCAACACCAAUUCGGCCAACAUCUAUCAGACCUACAGCAACAACUCCUCGCACCAGUCGCUGUUCUCUAACGUCACCAACACUUCCAGCAAUGUGGCCGCCGUAUCGUCUUCCAUCAACUACCUGGCCGCCCGGAGUCAACCACCUCAAUCCCAGCAACCACUCUACUCCAACGUCGAGAACAACGGAAUGACCUAUGGAGAAGCGCUGUUACACAACGCUCGCCACGGUUCCACCACUGCCGUCCAACAACAGCAUCAACAGCCGGCUCAGGAAAGCAGCAGUUCGACGACAGAGGAGGAACUUCCCCUACCCCCGGGUUGGUCCGUUGACUACACGCUCCGCGGUCGUAAAUACUACAUCGAUCACAACACCAAAACAACCCAUUGGUCUCAUCCGCUCGAGCGGGAGGGGCUACCGACCGGGUGGGAACGGCACGAGUCCGCACAACACGGAACUUUUUACUACAAUUGCAUCACUGGGCAGGCCCAGGAUAGUCAUCCCUAUCUGACAUCAUGCUUCCUACAUCACGCUACGCCAGUGGACAUCCCUCGGCCGUUGAUAGCAACUCACACCCAUUACACGCCACAUAGUGCGCUGGUUCCAGCGAACCCGUACCUGCUGGAAGCAGUACCCGAAUGGUUGGAAUUCUAUGCCAAGUCCACGCCGGAAAACGAUCACAAACUCAAGUGGGAUAUGUUUCAGCUGCAACAGUUGGAGAGCAUUGCCGGCAUGUUGACUAAGCUUUUUCGGCAGGAGUGUCACAUGAUCGUGGUGAAAUACGAAACAUUGAGGAUAGCGAUCCGUUCCAUCAUGGAGGAGAAGAAACGAUUGGCCUACUUGACUAACAACGAUUCAAACGCUUGAGCAUAAACCGUGAAUGGGGGAAAAAAACGCCACCCAGCAGUAUCCCACACCAACAAUUACGCUUUCGAUACUAGGAAACGAUCGACUUUUUGGAUUAGUUUACAUUGCCACCGUGUCUGACGCCUAUAUUUAAGAAAUUAUUCAAAUGAUAUACUCAGUUGAUACCCAAUGUAGAUAUACACGAUACAUGGGUAGAGAUUACUCUAAAUAUUAUUCGUUCGUUCUAACUACACAGUACUAGAUAUAAAGUGAUUUAUUUUAGUGUUUUCUCACGCAAUGCAAAGAAAUGGUUGGGACAGCUCCUUCUUGAACUGGUAAAAGAAGUGCCUUUUAUGAAAUAUUUUAUAUUUUUUCACGAUCGUUCAAUUGUGAUAUACCAACAGUUCCUUCGCUAAAUAACAUAUUGUAAUGUUUGUAUUCUAGCAAGAUUGUAGAUUACUGAGGAAUGCGUUUGGCCAACCUGCUGAAAUCUUCAUCAUAUACAUGAUCUAUAUUGAAAAAAAAAGUUUAGCUAAAUUAAUGACUAAAUAUAAUGGUCCAUGUCCACAAAAUUACAGAGCCAUCUCGCAUGACGCUACAGAUAUGCAGCACAAGAAUAAAAAACUAGGAUAAUCAAGCUUCCUCGGUUGAAAAACUAAGCUUCAUGAAUAGUGACUGAUUCACAGCGAAUGCACAGAAAUAAAGUUGCAUAUAUAUAA